UUUCCCCAAUUUUCGAAACCUAAUUGAUUCCGUGUUUCGAAUGGGGCAAAUAGAAGAAGAAGAAGCAGAAAUUGAUCGCUUGCCUAUUGAUCUCCUGGCGCACAUAUUCUCCCUCUUCGCUUCCUUCAAAGACAUGGCUCAGUCGAGCAGUGUGUGCCGGAAAUGGAGGCAGGGGGUGAAGGAGUCGUUGGCUCGGCGGGAGACUCUGAGCUUUUCCGGCUGGAAGAUGGACGACGAGACCACCACGCGUCUCGUUGGUUUAGCUUAUGGCCUGAAAGAGCUCGACAUAUCAAGAAGCCGUUGGGGCUGCCAGAUUACCGAUCAAGGGCUGAAGCAGCUGUCGACGGCGAAAUGCAUCGGCAAUCUGUCGACUGUCUCCAUGUGGGGAUCGACAGCGAUUACUGACAUUGGAGUUGUUCAUCUGAUUUCGCAGGCUGGUUCGCUGCAACAUUUGAACAUUGGCGGCACGUUCAUCACGGAUGUUUCGCUGUUUGCCAUUGCAGAUAGCUGCCCUUAUCUGAAGUCUGUGAUCCUGUGGGGUUGUCGCCACGUCACUGCCGAAGGCCUUCGCGUUCUUGUAAGCAAAUGCCUCGAGCUCAAGUCCAUCAAUGUGUGGGGAAUGAGGAUUCCGCGGGAUUGCUUUGUUAGUCUGCGCACGGUCAGUCCGUCUCUUCAAAUACACCCCAAAGGAAUACUGUAAACUAUCAAAGGUCCAUUCACAGCGCUCUCCGAGCAAACUGUAAGCAGUACUAUUGAGCAGUAACACAACAGAUCCGGAGAAGCUUCCGGAAGGCAGGCAGGCGCAUGGAAUCCUUACCAUAGCUCUGUCUCUGCAGCUGCAGCUAUAGCCAUGGUGAAGAGUAGAAACAAUCACAAGAAUCGACAGACAAGUCUUGGGACUCAAAUUGAAUGAAUGCAUUUCUUAGAAAUUGUUCGAAGUCAAAGAGAGAAAAACGGUAGUUCAAGUCACUCGACUAAAGGAGUAUAAGUUUGCUCUGGGGCGAUGUUUCUUUCUGUCAGGAAAGGAAGACAUAAUCGAACUUCAGUUGUCCGGUUAAAUGUGUUUCUUAGCACGACCUCUUGAAGGGGCGCUGGUGUCUUUCUUGGAGCUGCCGGAUGCUUCCAGUUUUCUAGCCCAGUCUGGACAUCUGUCCGGUUCAUAGCGAUAAUCGUAAAACAGUUCUUCCCCUGCAGCAAUUCGGUCCUUGGCGAAUAUCGCGACCCUGUGGUCUCCAGCCACCAUGAACACCUGCCAAGAAAUCCUGUCAGUAAAAGCCAAGACGGCAAAUGGGGAAGCGCAACUGCUGGUAUCAUUUCAUCGUUGAUUAGUUUACCCUAGCAUAGCAGUUUGGCUCUAGAGAAUGGUUGGCGAACUUCAGUUUGUCGCCCCUUCGAUGAGCAUCGAGCACAAACUGAUCACGGAGAAAAGAACAAUUAUUUAUGAGAAAUGGAGUUGCUGAAAAUCGCUUUGGAGCUUAAACAUGGAGGAUAGAUCAUACCUGAUUGUUGAGGUUGAAAAGAUACGAACAAUUUAUGCGAUCAUAGAUCUUUCCACGUUUGUCAGCUUCAUGGUGUGAAACUACCUCUCCGGUGUACUCUCCAAGGAAUUCGUGCUUGCUGACGCUAUUCUGUAGUUUAUACAUGAAUGAGUUCAAUUCGAGCAAAUACCGAAGUAGAAAAGACAUGGUGUGAUAUUACCUUCAGAAAAGCCCCCCAACCCGAAAUAUCAGAUCUUCCCAGCAAAAUCUAUAAAGGGGCUCGCAAUUGUUAUCA